GUUUGUGCCUCCCCACCUUUUCGAAUUUGUACUUGAAUUUUUAUUAUAUAUUUCUGCACCUGUCUAAUUAAAUAAAUAAUGGCACCCAGGUCAAAGAUAAACUCGUCGCUCGGAAAGGCCAUCAUCCGCAAGCGUUUUGAGGGCAAGCGGCGGCCGACAGAAAACGACACGGAGCUGCACACGACCGUGCUCGACGACGGGCCAUCAUGGACAAAACUGCAGUCGAUCACGCAGCAGGGCGACCUCGAGGAGUUUCUGCACACGGCCGAGCUGGCAGGCACCGAGUUCACAGCCGAGCGCAUGAACGUCAAGAUCAUCGCCGCCAACCACACGGCCAACCCCUAUCUUCUGUCCGCCGACGAAGAGGCGCAGACGCUCCAAAAGCACCGCGAGAACAGCGAUCGCCUCAAGGUGCCGCGGAGACCCGCCUGGGACUCAACCACGACUGCUAACCAGCUGCACCGCGAUGAGCGUGAGUCCUUUAUGAACUGGAGACGCCAGCUGGCCAUGCUGCAGGAUGAGCAAGGACUGCUACUGACGCCCUUUGAGCGCAACCUGGAAGUCUGGCGCCAACUCUGGCGCGUGCUUGAGCGCUCCCAUUUGGUUGUGCAGAUUGUCGAUGCCCGUAACCCAAUGCUCUUCCAUAGCCGCGAUCUCGGCGACUAUGUCAAGGAGAUCGAUCCGCGCAAGCGCAGCCUGCUGCUGAUCAACAAGGCCGAUAUGCUCAGCGAGGCGCAGCGCGAAGCGUGGGCCGCGCACUUUGUUGCCGAGGGUAUCCCGUACCUGUUCUUCUCGGCCAAGGAGAGUAACGAGAAGCUUGAGGCUGAGCGCGAGCGCGAGGAGGCCGAGAAGUUGGCACACGAAAUGGCUCUGAAUACCGUCACUGAGGAUCAGUUCGACGAAAUGAGCGCGAUCAAGGAUGCCCUGGCGGAGGUGCAGCGGAAGGCUGCUGAGGAGGUGGAAAAGAUUGACCCUGAGGAUGCCUUUGAGGCAAGUGUACGCGCCGUCAAUCUUUCGGACGAAGAGCUGCGCACGCGCGUGCUGGCGCCCGCCGAGCUGGUUUCGAUCCUGAUGCGCGAGUGCCCGAAGAUCGCCAACGAGCACUCCCACAACAAGCUGGUCAUUGGUCUGGUCGGAUACCCCAACGUCGGUAAGUCGUCGACCAUCAAUGCGCUGGUGGGCUCCAAGAAGGUCAAUGUCGGUGCGAUGCCCGGCAAAACCAAGCAUUUCCAGACCAUCCACCUGACCAGUGACGUUCUCCUGUGUGAUUGCCCCGGUCUUGUCUUCCCGACAUUUGCUACGACUCAAGCCGAUAUGGUGUGCAAUGGCGUGUUGCCCAUUGACCAGCUGCGCGAGUUUACCGGCCCCAGUGGCCUUAUUGCCAAGCGUCUGCCCAAGUGGGCGCUCGAGGCCAUCUAUGGCAUUGAGAUCCGCACGCGUCCGAUCGAGGAGGGCGGCUCCGGCAUCCCCACGGCUGAGGAGCUGCUGACCGCCUACGCUGCCGCCCGCGGCAUGUUCAAGGGCGGUGAGGGUAACCCCGACGAGGCGCGCGCCGCCCGUGUGCUGCUCAAGGACUACGUUGGCGGCAAGCUCGUCUACUGCCACUCGCCACCCGGCUGGUCCAAGGAGGAUGACUUCAAUAUCGACCACUACAACCCGCAGGCGAUCGCCAAGCGCACGCGCCAUUUGAUCGAAGAAGGCUCUGAGUUCAGCGUCAAGCACGCUGCCAGUGACCGCAACACCGUCAAGGAUGUUGUUGCCACCAGUGGAUCCGUGCGCAUCGACGCCCUUGAUUCGCGCUUCUUCAGCACUGGCGCUGCUCUGCUUAAUGCUCAGCGCCGCGCGGGUACCCAUGAGGUCAAGCAGGGCAAGGGGUUUGCGCAGAUGCAGAUUGCUGUCGCCGCCCGCUCGAACACGAAUAACCGCGGCGAGAUCGAGGCAAUUUCGGGAACGGAGGCUGCGCGCUUGGCUGCGCUGGAACAUGCCGGCAAGGAUGGCAAGAAGAGCCACAAGAAGAGGCGCGCUGGCAAGCAGCGCAGUGGAAAGGGCGUGUACGAGGAGCUGUAAAGAAUAUUAAAAUAUCAGAAGCCUUACAAACCCCUCUCAUUCCAAAAAAACAAAUUCAAAAUUCAAAAUCACAAUCAAAUAAUCAGUUUAAUCAGCACGUGUUGUGGCGAUGUAUCAACUGUUAUUAUGAUUGGAUACUUUGCCCUUGUGCCUUAUUCUGUUUUGUAGCAGUAUCACAGUUAACAAUGGUGUCUGGUUGGUGCACUGUGAUUCGCUGAUUAGUGGCGCUGGGGGGGAGGAAAGAUACAAAAAUAGUGGGGGGAUAUGUGAAAUGCGAUCAUUGCACGCGCGCCGCGCACGCGAAAAAGUACAAUCAGAAUUUUGCUUGGUGUAAUUUCUGCUUUGUUUUCAGUUUCAGGCGCAAUAAAAACAAAAAAU